AUGGUCGUGACUGCUGUAAUGGAUCUAGAGAAACUUCCACUGACAACUCAAACUGAGCUCCUAAAGAGGUUCUGGAAGUACCAGGUGGACAAUUAUUUAUCAGUUACUGGAUCUUUCGACACCAUCGACAAGUUCUACAAGGGCGUCUGUGGAAUUGUACAAGCAGGUACUCCAGGGAGGAGGUCCUUUGAGAAUGAGACCUCUUUCAGAAAAAGCAAGACAGAUGAAGAGGACAACUGUCCCAUCUGCUUGGACUCGUUCACUGACCAGACGAAGCUGAAAUGUGGUCACGGCUUUUGCAAGGAGUGUCUGGAGAAUUCGGUGAAGAGCAUCGGGAAAACCUGCCCACUGUGUAAGAAAGUCUUUGGAACCCUGAUAGGAAACCAACCUCGUGGAACAAUGAACGUCAAGCACUGUAAAUACAACAGCCUUCCUGGUUACUCUAACUGCGGCGUGAUUGAGAUUAAUUACAACAUCCCAGGUGGAACCCAGACGCAUGAACAUCCAAACCCUGGGAGAACUUAUCAUGGAACCAGUCGCACAGCGUACUUACCUGAUAACCCAGAAGGGAAUCACGUCCUCGAUCUGCUGAGGAGAGCGUUCGAUCAAAGACUCAUCUUCACCGUCGGAACCUCCAGAACUUCUGGAAUGAACGAUGCAGUUAUCUGGAACGAAGUUUAUCACAAGACGAACACGCAUGGCGGCUCUCAGAAUUUCGGCUACCCGGACCCGGAGUACCUGAAGAGAGUGAAGGAGGAGCUGAAGGCCAAAGGAAUCGAGUGAGGAGAGAAAAGACGGAAUUCAGACUGUAACUGUGGGGAAACGGUUCUGAAAAAUGAAUGAAGUGUCCAGAAAUAUAUGAAAAUAACGAUGAUAAACUGAAAUAUAAACAGUUGAUUAGUCAGUUUUUAUUUGAGUGACGGUGUUUCAAGAUUAAUGAAGUCUAUAUGGUCAAAAGUAUUUGGACACAUGAGCACAAGCUUGUUGGAUGUUACACCUGUUAGCAACUAGUGGCUAAAACACAUGAAUUAAAUAACUGAAAGGGCGUCCACAUACUUUUGCCUAUAUAGUGUAUAUGGAUUAAUAAUAAAUGUAUCAGAUGUUUUUAUUUUGUUUAUAAUAAACAUGAUUUAGCAGGUAAAGAUUUCCAGCAAAUAAAUAAAACAUGAUUUUAAUCUCAGAGCCACGACUGAGUCUUCAAACACUCAACACAUACACACACACCUACUAUACACACUAUACACACACACUAUACACACACACACUCUCACCACACACACAGUCUCUCUCACACACACACUAAACUAAGUUGAAAGAAUUGAAUCUAAUAAAUUGAAUCUGAGGAAAUAGAAAUAAUAAUAAUAUAAUAAAAUGUAAUAAUAAAAACUGAAAGAUUUAAACUG